AUGGCCGAGCCUCUAAGCGCGCCGUGGCAGCUGCUCGCUCAUCUCUACGACGCAGCUAGGGAUGCACCAUUCUACAUCCUGCUCCUAAUAUUCAAUGCGAUCAUUGUCCUGGGCGUCUUCCUUAUCUACCUCACCCUCCACCUCAUUGCGCCAAAGCCCCGCGCCGUCCUCCCCUCCGAAAAGACCUACAUCACCACAACUCCAGAUGGCAGCGUCAGUGCGCCCCGCCAACUGCCCUGCUGGUUCGACCGCUGGCUGGCCGAGCGCCGGCUCAGCGAGGCCAAGACCGCCGCCGGCGAGGACGUCUUCUCCGUGCCCGACACGGGGUCCAUCGAGCCCGCCCAGGUGGAGGUGAGCGUCGUGAUCCCCGCGUACAACGAGGCGCUGCGCAUCGAGCCGGCGCUGGAGGAGGCCGUCGCAUACCUCGACGCCAAGUUCGGGCGGCCCGACGGCGCGAACAGGAACCAGAAGCGCGUGACGAGCCCGCUGACGCCGCACCGGCAGGUGUUUAGGAGGCCGCCGGCGAAGGAGGUGUCCGGGUACGAGAUCGUCGUGGUCAACGACGGCAGCACGGACAAGACGGUGGAGGUGGUGCUGGAGUUCUCGCGCAAGCACCAGCUGCACGACGUACUGCGGGUGGUGACGCUGGAGAAGAACCGCGGCAAGGGCGGCGGCGUGACGCACGGGUUCCGCCACGUCCGGGGCGAGUACGUGGUGUUUGCCGACGCGGACGGCGCGUCGCGCUUCAGCGACCUGGGCAAGCUCAUCGAGGGCUGCGAGGACGUCGUGGACGGCUCGAACCGCGGGGUCGCGAUCGGCAGCCGCGGCCACCUGGUCGGCAGCGAGGCCGUGGUCCAGCGCUCGGCCCUGCGCAACUUCCUGAUGAAGUCGUUUCACUUCGUCCUGAUGAUCUUGACGCCGCCGGCUACAUCUCGCAUCCGGGACACGCAGUGCGGCUUCAAGCUGUUUUCGCGCGCCUCUUUGCCCCACAUCAUCCCCUACAUGCACACAGAAGGCUGGAUCUUCGACAUUGAGAUGCUCAUGCUGGCUGAGUCGGCACCCGCGACACCCGUGCUCGCUAUUGACGGCACCGUGAUCGGCAUCAGUCCGGGCAUUAAGGUGGCAGAGGUGCCUAUAGACUGGCAUGAGGUGGAGGGCAGCAAGAUGAGCCUGGUCAAGGACAGCAUCAAGAUGGCUAUAGGCCUGACUGUGCUGCGAGCUAGCUGGAUGAUGGGUGUAUAUAGACGACGACUGACAUGA